AUGAGUCAACUCGGUGUUGCAGCAAGCGAAAAUGACGGCGUCCUCUUCUCGCCAUCUCGAUCCAUCAGCCUCGUCUGCAUGGGGCCCACUUUUACAGGAUACCAAAAUGCCUCACCGGCCAGCCAAUCGGAGCUGGACACGAGACCGUUGGCCAGUCGGAGUCACGACAGCUCGCGUGAACACGGCCUCUACCUUCGAGAGGUCGUCACGAGGCCUCACGAAGCAGCGAGACAACGCGAGACGACCACGAAGCACAGACUGGACGCCGCCUCGCCGGACGACUCAAGGCCUACGACUUUGGCAAUCGUCGUGUUGCUGCCGCCAAAAAUGCCGCUCCCGGUCCGUAUUUGA